GCCACGAAGGGGUUAAGACCGCGGGGAAGUCUGGGGCUCCAGACCUAGGGGUGGAUUCUUGGGCUUCCUCCCUCUUGGUCCAGAGCUGUAGCUGCUGCGGAGGUGGCCGAUGCAGGUUUCUGUCCCUGGGGCAUGAUCAUGCAGCUGGGCCUCGCCCUGGUACUAGGAAUGGCCCUGUGCCUGGGGUGUGGCCAGCCCCUGCUGUGGGCUCCUGAACGUCCCUUCUCUGUGCUAUGGAACAUACCCUCAGCACACUGUAAGACUCGCUUUGGCGUGCACCUGCCACUAGAGGCUCUGGGCAUCACAGCCAACCGUGGCCAGCGUUUCCAUGGCCAGAACAUCACCAUCUUCUACAAGAACCAGCUUGGCUUCUAUCCCUACCUUGGGCCCAGGGGCACAGCUCAUAACGGGGGCAUCCCCCAGGCUGUCCCUCUUGACCACCACCUGGCACGGGCUGCCUACCAGAUCCAUCUCAGCCUAGAACGUGGCUUUGCUGGCCUGGCAGUGCUAGACUGGGAAGAGUGGUGUCCACUUUGGGCUGGGAACUGGGGCCGCCGCCGAGCCUACCAGGAAGCUUCAUGGGCUUGGGCACAGCGGGUAUUCCCCCACCUGAACCCCCAGGAGCAGCUCCACAAGGCCCGUGCUGGCUUUGAACAGGCAGCCCGUGCCCUGAUGGAGGACACACUACGGCUAGGCCAGGCACUGAAGCCCCAUGGGUUCUGGGGCUUCUAUCGCUUCCCAGCCUGUGGCAAUGGCUGGCGUGGUACAGCUUUCAAUUACACAGGCCACUGCCACCCAGCCACUCUAGCCCGAAACACACAACUGCAUUGGCUCUGGGCUGCCUCCAGCGCCCUCUUCCCCAGCAUUUACCUCCCACCCAAGCUGCCACCUAUUCACCACCAGGCAUUUGUCCGAUACCGCCUGGAAGAAGCCUUCCGUGUGGCCCUUGUUGGGCACCCACAUCCCCUGCCUGUCCUGGCCUAUGCCCGCCUCACAUACCGGUAUUCUGGGAGGUUCCUGUCCCAGGAUGACCUCGUGCAGACCAUUGGUGUGACCGCAGCACUAGGGGCAGCCGGCGUGGUGCUCUGGGGGGACCUGAGCUUCUCCAGCUCUGAGGAGAAGUGCUGGCAUCUCCAUGACUACCUAGUGGGCACCCUGGGUCCCUAUGUAAUCAAUGUGACCAGGGCAGCCAUAACCUGCAGUCACCAGCGGUGCCAUGGCCAUGGGCGUUGUGCCCGCCAAGAUGGAGGACAGCUGGAAGCCUUUCUGCAUCUGCAGCCAGAUGGCAGCCCUGGAGCUUGGGAGUCCUUUAGCUGCCGUUGUUACCCGGGCUGGGCUGGCCCUACCUGCCAGGAGCCUAGACCUAAGCCUAGGCCUGAAGAAGCAACAUAAAACCAGAGGUUACCUGCCCCUGACUCUCUUGUCCCUGCUGCCAUUUUUCCAGUCUUGGAGGGACAGCUCUGUCCCACUCUUGUUCUAUUCAGUUUAGAGUCAGUCCUCCCAUACACACCCUCCCUUCCCAUGGGAUACCUGGGGAGUGGAAGGGGCCAGGAAAAAAAUGUUGACAGACAAACAGACAAAAAUGUUUAUUUUGUUUACACUAUUUUAAAACCAAAGGUCCUCUGAGGUCACUUGAUCCCUCCUGAUAAGCAGCCCCAGGGAAAGUCAGAGUUCCAGAUGGUUAGAGUUGCCAGCUCAGGGCUCUGUUCCUACUACUCCUCACUGGGUCCAUGGAAAGGUCACAGGAGACCCAUCCAGAGACAGGUGGGCUCCAAGAUCUUGGCUAAGGUCUGUAAGUGCUAAGCUGUUAUUUGUCCUCUGCUUCAGCAUAAAGUCACUUUUUCUUUCA